GCUUGGACAUGAUAAUAUGUGAGACUCCAACAGAAAAAUGUUAUUUGGGUGGAUGUAACAAGUGUCCAGGGGUAGAUGAGUUGAGUAACAUUUUACUGACAUGUUUUGAGAAUCAGGAAAUCGAGAAUGUCACGUACAAGCGUUGGGUAUCAAAACCAAGGUGCAGUUUAGAAACUUUUAUACAGCCUACAGAAGAAUUUAUUGAAAACCUUUGUAGUGAAUUGAAAGUUCUUCUACCUCACUCAUUCAUUGCAAAAGAACAAGCUAAGUUUUUAAAAACAUUAAAGGAAACACUAAAACCAAAUGAAUAUGUCAUUAUUUGUGAUUUUGCAGAGAAUUAUGCGUUCGUAGUACAAAAUGCAGCAUCUGGUUUUCACUGGAAUAAUGAUCAGGCGACAGUUUUUCCGUUUAAAAACUUUAAAAAUUUUGUUAAUUUGUACUACCAUGAAGAUGAUUUUGAUAUUCCUGCUGAAUGGCAUUUUUUUGCAACUGCCCAUGGCAAAGGUCCGUGUGAUGGAAUUGGUGGUAUCCUCAAACGACUUGCAGCAAGUGCAAGUCUCCAGCUUGCGGUAGAUAAACAAAUAACAACACCUAUAGGACUUUACGAAUGGACUUCUGAUCCGGAUAACUUGCCAAAUAUCAUAGUCAAGUUUUCUCCAGAAGAAGACUAUAAUACAGCAUUGAACGACUUGAAUGACAGAUUUACAAAAACGAAACCAAUUGUAGGAACUCAACAACUACAUUGUGUAAUCCCCGACAAAAAUGGUUGUUUGUAUGUAAAAAAAUUCUCAAACUCUAAUGAACAUAGAAUUUGUAAAAUAUUGAAACGCCAGAGAGAACAUUAAUGAUUAAAUUAUUAUAUUGUUUUUGUAAAAUCAUUAAAAAUUAACAAUAUUAAUUAAUAAGCUUAGUAUUUACUAUCGUUUUAUAAGCUUAUAAAUUAAGGAUAUUAUACCACAAAACAUUUAAAUUACAUUU